AUGUAUCGGAAAGAUAUGAUGAAGCAUAAACCGCAUAAUAUGCCAAUGACAAAAUUUAGUAAGCUAGUGUCAGAAUGGUGGAAAAAACUUCCUGUGGACGAAAAAGCGAAUCGAGAUCAAACGUUUCGAAAUGAGAUCAAUGUACGUGCGAUUAGUUCGCAAUCUGAUGUUUCCAAGACAAGAGAAGAUAAAAUAAACCAGGAUUAUCGAGAUCACAUAGAACCUUCGACUGUAACUGACAGCUUAUCAGAAUGUAAUCACCAAAAAAAUGGAGAACAAACUAUAAAUGAAGCCAAUAAUUUACCUAUGGGGAUGAAAAGAGAUUGUUAUUUAACAGAAAGUCCUUCAGGAAUUUUUAUUGAAUGA